AUGGCUUCUAGAUUAAACUCACGAGAGAAUCAGGAGGCUUUGGCAGUCUUUCGGCGAAUUAAAGUCCCUGGCCAAUACGAUCGAGCUGUCUGUUCUUACUGUGGGAUGAAUAAGGCCUGGAAUACUACCCAAUUCUGUCAGCCACAUAUGGUUACUUGCGACCAAUACCAGAACCACCUUCAGGAGACAGGCAAGCAGACUCCUAGCUUCCACGCCAGGGCUAAAUUGGAUAGGGAGACGAGGAAUAGAACUGCUACAGUGUCUAUUGCCUCCUUGUUCAAUAGUCCACGGAAGCAAAACCGUGAACAGCUAUUUGCAAAGGCAGUAUAUACAUCAACAGUUGCCUUUUCGACGUUCCACAGUCCUGAAUGGACAGAGUUCUUUAGGGCUCUUGACUUUCAGGUUCCUAAUCCUAAAAAGCUAGCUAAUGAGCUCCUGAAUCGCUGCUACGACCAGGUUAAGGAGGAAGUCCAGGAGGUAAUUGAUAAGUCUACUUAUGUUGGAAUAGUAUCCGAUGGCUCUUCCAACGUUUCAAGGGCUCGCGUCGAAAACAUCAUGGUUAUAGCCAAGGGACAGGCUUACUACUGGAAAACCAGUGAGGUUGGAAGUGUUACAGCAUCAGCUCAAUGGUCACUCCGCUACAUCCACAAUAUCGUCAAGGAAUUAACCAAGGACCGGGUAGAGAAGUGGUCAUCCUUUGCUACAGAUACCUGCGAUACUCAGCGCUCACUUUGGGCCUAUAUCCACUCCACUCCAGGGCUGGAACAUGUCCACUCAGUCCCUUGUGAUUCUCACGGCUUACAGCUUAUUAUCAAGGAUCUCCUUGAUCCAAACAAAGACAGCAAUAAGGAGGUUAUCCCUUCAGCUCUCCGUGACUUUUUCAAGCUUCCUGCUAAGGUUAUAGCCUUCUUUGCUAGCUCAGGGAAGCAAUUAGCUUUGUUUCGCGACAUCCAAAGGUCAAAUACUGGGAAAGUUAAAGCUCUUAUUGCAACAGUUCCGACGCGAUGGGGGACUCAGGUCCGGCAGAUCAAGAGCAUCCUCGACAACGAAUUAGCACUUAAAUCCUUUGCUAUCCAUCCCGAUACUACAAAGACGAUUAAUCCUAUUAUCCAAGACGAUCUAUUCUGGCAGCGCCUUAAUGGCUUAUAUACUCUCCUCCUCCCACUCCACGAAUGUCAGAAGAUGUCAGAAAGCAACCACGCCACUGUUUUUAAAGUCUACCAACGAUGGAUCGACAUCAACUUACAUAUCCAAAAGUGCGCUCAGCCAGGGAAUAAUCCAUGGUGGGAGGAGGUUGCUCAAUAUACCAAAAGAGACGUUGCAGGAUAG